CUUUGGAGUUGCACGUCCGUUUGUUUAUAACCAGUUAUUUUGUGGUUUUGUUUAGUGGUAGCACAAAUUUCAUCAUUUCAAAUUCUUCCAUCUUUUAUGGAGAUGAAACGCGCUCCGUUCGUUAAACGUCCCAACACUAGUGUUUAUAAAUACACCCGAUUGGAAUUUUGUACACAGGAGAACCCUGUCAGUACUGACCGUGAACGAAACAAAUUGACGUCAUAGAAAAAAAAAACCACCGAGCACAAAAAACUGGAUAUAAUACACACGUAUACGCUGAUAAUGGAAAUGAUGUUUGCAAGAACUGCCCGAAACAUGUUACGCAUUGUGAUGAUGAUUGUUAUUCUGAACAUAUGUCGUGAAACGAUGGCUGAUGUCGAUGAAAAUGAAAUGUUUAUCGAUUACCGCUUCCAGAACCUCACAUCAUUUGCUACCACGGAUUUGCCACAGGAUGCGGCAUCCGAUAUAGUAUAUUUGUCACUGCGAGGAAACGACCUGAAGAGGAUUCACAACGACCUUUCGCAGCUGCCAAACCUGGAAAGAUUGAUUCUGUCCGAGAAUCCUCAACUAACAUUCCCAAUCGACGGAUCUCCUUUCCUAAAAUCUAGGAGUCUAAUUGAUCUGGACUGCGAAAGCUGUGAUGUAAAAGUGAUUUACUCUGGCUCGUUGCGUAGAUUACCUCUGCUGGAGACCCUCCGGUUGCCAAACAAUGGAAUCCGGAUGAUUGGAAAACGUGCCUUCCAGCACAACCCCAACAUGCAGGUGCUGGACCUCAGACAGAACAAACUAACUACGAUGCCGAGCACAAUACUGGUUGGUCUGCAUAAAAUGAAGCUGCUUGAUUUGAGCGAUAACCGAGACCUUGCACCGCAGAAAGACCAACCAUUUUUGGAGAGUAACUCGCUGAAGGUGUUGAAAUGCAACAACUGUGGGUUCAGCACCACGGAGGUGAUAACGUUCUCUAAAUUGUACAAUCUCAAAGAAUUUCACCUCGCAGGGAAUAGGCAUCUGGUGGCCCCGUGCUUGCUUCCAUUUCAGGCACCUUUGAGGAAAAAUCCGAUGAAAAUUAUCACUGAUUGCAAACGAUGCAUGAAACGGAAGUUUCUUCCUGAAAACAAUUAAUAGUACGCGUCUGGGCCAGCAUGUAAUGAAAUAAGCAUCUACAGGGGAUAGACAAAAUGAUUGGGACAGACAAAAUUUUCACUGUCAAAAAAAUGUUCAUAAGCCGUAACUUUUCGAAAAGUUCCCAAGUAGUCCAAAUUUGGAAAAGAUCCGGCUAUUCUACACGAAGUAAGAAAUAUUCUAGAAAAAUGCACAAUCAUCCGAUAGCCAACUUUGAGCUGUUAUAUCUGCGGAUUAAAUGAUCCGAAUACAAUGAAAUUUCGACCAUUUAUGACUAAUAUAAUGAGCUAUGAAAAACUUUUGGCCUAACUUAAGAUUCUUAACACGGAAGAAAAUUAUAACGAUUAGAUUUUUUUUAUCCAAAACUUCAACAAUGUUGAAUCAACAUCGUUUCAAAAAUCGAAAUGGUAAUUUAAGUUCAUUCAAAUUUCCUUUAAUUGACUUCGAUAUAAAUAUGUUUUGAAGCAAAGUUACAAAAUAGCAGACAAUAAAUUAAAAAAGAAAUGGGAUGCAUAUUGAAAACUGACCAAUUUACUAAAAAAACAUAAAAAAUUGCUAUUCAUUUUUUUUUAUCUUAUUGAUAUGUUCAAAUUAUGUCAAACGUUUUUCAAAACUCAUUAUCAAGCCAGUAUCCGCAAUAAUCGGGACACAGAAGUACGACUGUAGCUCUGUAAUGAAUCGGUGAAAUUCGCCAAAUAAUUGUCUGAGAACACUUUGGUGUAUGUUUAUUGUUUGUGCCAAAUUUCAUAAAAAUCGAUGCAUUACUUUUAACUGUGGAUGAAAAACAAACAGACGUGGUUUUAAGCAUUUUGUAAAAUCUUGAACAAUUUUCAUUCACAUUAUAGUUGUUUUUUUACGCUACAGUUCAAAGUUCUGUGAUGAUAAUUCAUAAAUUUCGUUAGUGGUUAUGAUACUUGUAGAGACAUUUUCUUGCCAAAUUUCAUCAACUUUGAUCAAUUGGUUUGAAAGCUACUGGUGUUGAUAAGGGAGAAUGUUAAUUUAAUAUAUUUGGUGUUUUUCAUGUGCGAUGUUUGCCUAUUCAUAACUGUAACAAAAAUAAUGAACUAAUUUGGUCCGGUCCUUGUGUAAGAAGAUUACGUAACGAUUUAUUCGCUCUCUUCGAUAUCUAUAAUGAUAUAGGGGUGAUGCGUACGGUUUGAUAGUUUAUUUGCAACUAACUGGUCUGGCUCUUGUAUAGGCUUAUAUGAGAUGCUCAUGAUCGAUCAAAUGCAAUUCUAAUUUCUACCUACGUUCGUCGGCUGUGCGAUCGUACGGUACGAAGAUAAGGAAGGGUUAACAAUUCGCACAUGAUAGAGUAGGAGAACUAUUUCAGGCUAAUCUACUACUACAUUAGGGUGGUACAAUUCAUUUGGAUUCUAAUUCAAUUUCCACCAAUAACUUUAGAAUUUCUCUGCCAAUUCUCAUGAAAUUUUCAUAGAAAGUAGUUGAUUAUGUGUAUAUUAUGCCAGCAAAAUAAGAUGAUUAUAGUACUUUCAAUAGUAAAAUCGAAACAAUUAAGGGCGCUGACUUAUUGCUGUCUUAGGGGAUAAAAUCACGUUCAGUCCCAACACAUGUAUCGACUAUAAAAUUGUUGAUAGUGCAUCGAUUUUUUUUUUUUUAAUUUUGCCUUUGCAACAAAUGUAGAUUGAGAGGUUUGUGUUCAAAAUUUCAGCCAUUUCCUUUGCCAAAUUCAAAAGUUACACCGCUGACAAGCAAAACUAGAGGCUGUACAAAAUUCAAUGGUGCACAUUCUACUCUUUCAUAGCUACGGCAAAAAGUACUGCACCGAUUCACAUGAAAUUUUGUAGUUGAAAUUAACACAUCAAAUUUGAGAAAUUUUGAUGUAUCUAUUGCAGAGUUACAGCUGUAUUUCCGUGUCCCGUUUAUUGCAGAUACAGGCAUUAUUAGGCAUAAAUGGUCAACAUUUCAUUGCAUUCGGUUCAUUGAAUCCGGGGAUAUAACAGCUCAAAUCUGGCUAUCAAAUAAUUAUACCUUUUUCUAAAAUCUUUCUUACUUCGUGUAGAAUCACCCGAUCUUUUCCAAAUUUGCACUACUGAUACACACCUAGUUGAAAUGAUCAACUUGCAGUGAAAAUUGGAAAAAUUUGGUGCAUUUUUUGAAAAUUUAACGCUGAUUGACCAUUUCUGAAGCAACAUUUGAAAAGGGCAUAUUCUCAAUUUAGUUGAAAAUCGGAGUUUUCGACUAGCGAACUUGGGUUUUUCUCCAAAUCUGUGCGUCGGACCUAACUUCGGAAGUGGUGCGCUGUAUAGUAAACCUGGUCCGCUAUACAGCGCACUACUUCCGAAGUUAGGUCCGACGCACGGAUUUGGAGAAAAAUCCAACUUCGCAAGUCGAAAAUUCCGGGUUUCAGCUGCACGGAGAAUAUAAGCAAUGGUAAACAAUGCUUCGCACACCGCUGAUGAGCCCCCACCCACUUAUGCACACAAACUAAGAUCGUUGCCAGAAAGGGCAAACAUCGAUCUUUCGGAUAAGGGUGUUCAUUGUUCAUGCGUGGGUGGGCUGCUGUUAGGCCCUACGGAGCAUUUUCGAAAAAAGGCACAAGACCUCUUGGGCCGUUUUCAAAAGUUGCUCCAGAUUUUAUAGAAAACAAUUUGCCUCUCCCGAUCAUUUUGUCUAUACCCAGUCUAUCUGACGUUUAUCACGUUUAUCAUGAUAUGUACAAAUGCAAUCUUAUAUAACAUAGUUAGUAAGGGUCGGAGCUCACAGAACAUAGUGAACUCUGGCUCAAAAAGUUAUAACCUCAUUGCCGUACCAUUUUGCAGCAUGUAUACCAUUUUUCAUUGCUGUGAAGUGGAACAAAGACCUCAUAGACCUAAAAUAGGACAUAAAUUGUAAUAAAUCUUUGUUAACUCAAGUCAAAAAUACGUUUGAUAGCUUUAAAUAUGAAGGGAGAUCGAUGUGUGCAACGUGGAUGUUUUAUUACGAAGAUUUCAAUGAAUUUAUGACAACAAUUCAUUUUAUGAGUAAGUGGAUUUCCAGCAGCUAGUUUUGCGCAUAUCGCUGAUGCCAAUCUUCGUACCUGUAUUCUUUGCCAAAACUGGAAUACUGCAAGGUGUGUUGAAACAGGAUUAUUAUCGCACUUUCAUGAACCUAAAAUAUGUUUUCGUUAUAAGUUAGCCCUAGCUGUAUAUAUUAAGAUUCUGGAGGUUGAAAAAUCUUUCAUCGGGGGUGUGCGCGCCCAUCGCG